GAUAAAGUCGUCUUACGUGUCCGUCUAACACAAAUUAUUACGCGAAGUUUAGCGUGAUAAUAAGGGGGCUAUAUUUUAUCGCGAGUGAACAGAAGUGAUUAUAACCAUCUAUGAAGGAAUGAAUCGACUGUGAUAUGUGAUAAAACAAGUAAUUUGAAAUCAUAAUGAGGAUGUAUGUCUUAUUGGCAGUAAUCAGCUUGUUAAUAAAAGAAUCGUUACUGCUGCGAAUGGUUCAAGUGUCCGUGCCCACGUACAGGGUGCGGGGGCAAGUGGCACAACUUGAGUGCGACUACGAACUUGGUGCUGACAAACUUUAUUCAGUUAAAUGGUACAGAGACAACGAAGAAUUCUAUAGAUAUAUGCCCAAGUACGACCCACCGAAACACGCUUACAAGCUGGAAGGAAUCAAAGUUGAUCUUCAAAAGUCAGACGAUCAAAGAGUCACGCUGCAUCAGGUAACACUUAAAUCAUCAGGUUUAUACCGGUGUGAAGUAUCGGCGGAGGCGCCAAGUUUUGCGUCAGCGGCUGGCGAAGGCAGGAUGGAAGUUAUUUAUUUACCACGUGAAGGUCCAAGAAUAACAGGCAAUGAGCAAGAGAACAGGAGAGGGGAUUCUUUGUUCCUAAACUGUACGUCUGGGCGGUCGUACCCCGCGGCGGUGCUAAGUUGGGACAUAGACGGCGAAAAGGUAACAGACCCAUCACUUCUAGUGGAGUAUCCUCCAAUACAGCAUUCACACGGGCUACUGUCUGCGGCGCUAGGCCUGCGGGUGCCAGCAGGACGGUCCAUGGAGGUGCGCUGCACGGCUCGAGUGGCGCCCGCGUGGCGGGAAGGCAGUGAAGCUGUCGUCGGCAACAGCCAACUGGCUGACAGCAAAGAGGCUAUGUUACUUGUGAGGAGUUCAAGCCAGGCGUCUACGUUAAGUGUAAUGCUGUUAACACUUUCGCUCGCCCAGUUUCUCACAUCCCUAAUGCAAUCAGAAACGUGAUAAAUUAUCUCCACUCUUUUAUUAACUAAACGUGAUUUAGACGCGGCACGAUUCUGACCUACCGUAUGUGCAACCAAAUGAUAUUCUUUAAGUGAGUUAUGUUGUGUUUGAUUGUUUUAUUAGGUCUUGUUUAUUGUGUUAAUAGUUCUAGAUGUUUAAUGUUCUAGCAUUUACGACUUAGUUAUGAAUUAUCAAGCCGCUAUGAUUUAUGUAUUAUUGAGUUAUUAGGUGCAAUUUUACAAAUACUUUUGCAAAUAAGAUAAAUAAAAUUUGAUGAAGAAAGCUAAUGUUAGAGUAAUUGUAAAUAAAGUCUUUAGGGUCGCCUUCUUAGAUAUCGUCUCAUACUAAUGUAAAUAAAUGAUAAAGUAAAAAUUCUUUUUCUAAAAUUGUAACAUGAAUUCAAAAACUAUUUUAUUGUCUAUGUACUUAUUGGAAAUGUUGAAUUUAUGUAGAUUUAUGUGAUCGUUUCAGAACGGCACAUUAUUUGUUUAUUUGUGUGUAAUUUAGGUAUUUAAAAUUUAAACAAAAAUCUAUAAGUUUUAAUGUAAAAUAGAUACCAUUGAAGACAGUCGCUGCUCCGUGAUGAAUAACUGCAUUCGUAAUUAUUUUGGUGCCUCUUGCCUUGUUUUAAUUUCGCAAAAUUAUUAACAGGUUUUAUCUUACCUCACCUAAUUUAAAUCUUGAAUUUUAUUAAUUUAUAUAUGUAUUAAAACUGGCAAUUGGUUACUAAUUAUUACCUACGUAUAUCUUGAAUUUGCUAAUCACAAUUUCCAUUGUACAUAUCGGUAUAAUAUCACAUUUGCUUUUGUUGUUAAUGUGUACUAUAUUUAGUAUUUUAUGGGCAUGAUUUUGUUGAAUAAAUGACAAUUUGU